GAUGAAAAAAUAUGUUUAUCUAACGAACACGAUUUAAUUUAUGACGAAUUAAUAUCAAUUAUAAUGGAUCAUCAAGCAGUUAUGAAGAAAUAUGGUGAACUAUUAACUUUAUUCAAACCAUUAAUGGUGUUGCAAGUUUUUUGGUCAUCACUAUCGCUCAUCAUGGUUUGGUUUAGUUUCAUAAUGAGUUUCUUCGGCCAAGAUAGAUUUGUUGCUUCGGAAGUUACAACAAUCAAAUUAAUUUGCUUAAUACCUUCAAUUUCAUUUCAAAUAUUUUUGGUGUGUUCUUUAUUUACCAAUUUACACAAUCAAAAAGAUUCAAUAAUAUUCGCAUUAUACAGCAGUAAUUGGACUGAAAUGAAUAUUAAGUGUAGAAAAUUAAUAUUGCUAACGAUGAGAAUGAAUAAUACAAACCAAAAAAAAUUAAAAUUUACUGGAACAAAAAUUGUAAACUUGGAAUUAUUUUAUAAAAUUAUGAGUCAUUGCUACUCAGUUGUAUCGGUUUUAAUAAAUUGUAUAAAAGCAAAGAAUGAAUAA